UCUCCCAUAGUGCUCUGCACUGCCAACGUAGGCAAACAGGAAGAUGGCUACCGGCUUUUAACAUUAACUCUCCGCUUUAAAUUACAGCUCUGUGGUAAUAAAACAUUUCCUGUGCCUCCGCAGUAGACGACAACAUCACCCGUAGAGAUCUUCAACGGAGCCACAGACUCUAAACACAGCGUCUUCUUGUCCAUACAGUGUCCGUCAAAAUGGCAAGUCCAAGGACCAGAAGAGUUCUGAAGGAAGUGAGAACCCAGGAUGAGAAUAAUUUGUGUUUCGAAUGUGGGGCUUUUAACCCUCAGUGGGUUAGUGUGACCUAUGGAAUCUGGAUUUGUCUUGAGUGCUCUGGUAAACACAGAGGCCUGGGGGUACAUCUCAGUUUUGUGCGCUCUGUCACCAUGGACAAGUGGAAAGAUGUAGAGCUCGAGAAGAUGAAAGCAGGCGGAAAUGGAAAAUUCCGUCUGUUUCUUGAAAUUCAAGAUGAUUACGAUCCCAACUGGACUUUGCAGGAGAAAUACAACAGCAGAGCAGCUGCACUCUAUAGGGACAAGGUUGCAACCAUAGCUGAGGGAAAGGAGUGGUCCAUUGAGACAUCACCUGCGAGAAACUGGACGUCCCCUCAGCCCAAGGCAAGCCUUUCAUCCUCCCAUCGCUCGGCAGGAUCUGGACAAACCGCGGCAAAAUCUAACGAUGCAGCUUUUGAAGACUGGUUGAGCGAUGACGUGAACUCUUAUCAGAGUGGAGGAGGUUACAAUGGCAAUCAAGAGAAUCGUUAUGUUGGCUUUGGCAACACUGUGACCCCGGAGAAGAAAGAGGAGGACUUCCUGAACAACGCCAUGUCUUCUAUUUAUUCGGGUUGGAGCAGUUUCACUGUUGGAGCUAGCAAGUUUGCUUCUAUUGCUAAAGAUAAUACAACUAAACUGGCUAACACAGCAACUUUAAAGUUAAGGGGCUAUAAAGCGCCCCCAGAACCGGCCACAGAGUUAGGACAGACCUUAAAUGAGAAUGUUAUCAAACCCACCCAAGAGAAGGUGAAAGAUGGCAAAUUGCUAGAUGAAAUGACAGUCAGCAUCACUGGGCUGGCAAACAAGAUUCAGGGAGCUGGUGCAAAACUGACCAACAUCAUAUCUGGAAAACCAGAUGAUGGGUCUGCUGGAGAAAGCUAUCAAAACAUGGAUGCCACUGAGGGCUAUCAGGGCAGUUCUAGCCAGCCUGUCGCAAAGGACUUCUGGGAAACCUUUGGCAGCAAUAGCUCCUUAAAGGCCAAGAAAUCUCCAAGCAGUGACAGCUGGACCAACGUAGAUAAUUCUGCAAAGAAGAGCUCUGACAGUUGGGACAAUUGGGGCUCCGAAGCAGCGUCCAACAACAAACACAGCACAGAGGAGAGCUGGGAGGCCUGGGACAACAACUGGGAGAAUGCAGAUGGUAAGACAAAGAAGAGUCCCACGAAGCCUGCUGAGGAAACCUGGGAUAAAGGAGACUGGUAGUGACCUCACAACCAUACCUCAUAUUUCUCCCCCUUUUUCUCUCCCUCUCUCUUUCUCUGUUCAUCUCACUGGCACUUUCAGGGAAAGAGCAAGCAAUUGCUUACUUCCUAUCAGUCCAUUCAAAUAUAUAUUUAUUUUUAAUCCCAGGAAACAAAGAAAGAAGACAAGGGUUAGUUGAGCUCAUUAUUGAUUAUUGAAUAAAAUACGGUAUUGACUUGCAGUCAUGUAUAUUAAUGUAAAUUGCUAUCAUCGCAGUGGACUAUGCUGAAUUAUUGUAGAUAUGGUCAUAAUUUGACUGCCUGAACUCUUCAAAUAUAAUGGUCUUGAUGGUGAACAAGAUAAUGUUUAUAUCAUAUCAUGGGAUUGAUGAUACCGGUUUUCAGUCAACCACGUGAAAGUGAUGCAUGAAAUUGAAAAUGGAACAUUGAGAAUACGGAUCCUUGUAAAUACAGAAUUACUGACUAAUCACAUUUAUUUGUGUGUUCAGACUGACUUAAUCUGCCCCUCUAACUUUUACACAUUUUAUACACAUUAUUUUUUAUCAUGUUCCCAAGACCAUUAGAAAUCUACCACAGUGAGUUAAGUUACUGCUUUCAGGUCGAUGGGCAGUUCAUGUUGGUUUCACGCAACAACCUGAAUUCAAACUUUUAUCAAAAUUGAUUUAUUUAAUAUCAGACAGAUGAAAGUAAAUGUUUACUGGUUAAUGCAAAUUAGUGAUUUUACUUUCACUUUUCCCCCAUCGUCACUGUCUAUUGUUAAAUGCUCAAGACUCCAAUACAUUGAUUACAGUGGUAUUCAUUGACUGAUGGAGUUUUUUUUUUCUACCAUCUCUUCCCCAAUAUUAUGCUUUGUAUUUUUUUCGUUGUGUUUCUUCAUCGGAUCUUAGAGUCAGUUAAACUCCCAGUCAGGACAAGCAGUGUUCACUUGUUGUAAACCAGGCUUAAACCAGGCUCAUGAUAACAAACCGUUCACCUCAUGCAGAUCCAGGAAAUAAUGGCUCAUGUGAUGAAACAAAACUUGAUCUUCACUUGUUUCAUUGAUAAUUUACAUAACAAGUUUUAUCUUGAAAAUGCAAACAUUUGGUUUAUUUGGUACUUAAACCAUCACUUAUUUCAGGCUUAUUGUGUAUGCUGUAUGAAUUAUAGGGUGAUCAUGAUGAAAGACAGUAGACGGCAGCUUGUUAUCUGCAGAGUUCUGUGACUGACACAUUUCUGUCAAGUGUCAUCGCACCUUGAGCGGUAAGUCAUGGCUGUAAUAAUUUGCUAUGAAUGAAUUAAUAAUCAACCUGGUGUAGCCUCGGUCAGAUUAAACUGCAACUGCUUCACACUGUUAACGCUAAAAUUCAACUCAAUUCUCCCGCCUUCCUAAAAUUGAAAUUGGAUGUCAGUGUUUUAGAAUGAGACACAUUUUUGUCCCCUUUCUGGCCUUAGACAUUUCUUUUUUCUAUUGUAAUUCAUGGAACGUCUGCUGUCUGUUUAUCACACAAUCGUCCAGUGGUUUGCUUACCAGGUUUUUUAAAACUGGUCCCUGAGUGGAAAAAUCUCAGAACACUGCCCUUGUAUUUUCAUGUCAGCAACAAAUGCGCUACUUUGAGAAAAGUCACUAAUUUGGCACUGUUGUUUGGGGUGCGAGCACUCACACAGUAGUGCGAGGACUUAUUGGAGUUCCUGGAGCACCCUUACUAAGUGCACCAGUGUGUAUUUGUAUGAGAAAUGCGAGAGACAUCGGUAGCAAUAUGAGAGAUGUAUCGCUAAAUGAGCCGCUUCUGCCCAGCCCAGUUACUGCAGCAACCACCGUGCCGACCGUGACAUUAUUUGGAUUAAGAAUGCAAGACAAUGGGACAACGAGCCUUGCGCUGAUAGGACAGGAGAGUAUUAUAAGCAAGGUCGGUCUAAAAUAGAUGAUGGCAAAAUUUUAAUGCAGUAGCUGGUGUUGAAUAUGUUGAUUUUAUCACAUGUAUAAUUUCAAUAUUUUACACUGAAAUGUGACGAUUUGCACCUUGAAAUACAAAUAACAUUAAUAGAUACCUAUAUAAACAAAUGUUUUUUGUAAGUAAAGCAACCUCAUACUAAAUACCGGUUAGAUUCAACUGUGGCAAAUUCAACAGCAUUUCUAAAGGCUUUGAUCUGCGUUUGUGUGUUUGAGACCAAACCUCCUGACAAAUAUCAAAACCUGUCAACAGGCUUAGUUUGCAUCAAUUAUUUGGUGCUUGGCUUGUGCUCUCAUUGGCCAGCAGUCACUCAUCAGCUGCUCACAGAACAGUGUGCCACUGGGAUUACAGCUGCUCGAUUGUUGUGUGUCAUUUUGGCAUGAUCACAUUUUUAAGUGUAACUAUCAGAGACUAGCGAAGGAUCACUCCUGAAAACUGUACUUCAUGUCCAUUCCUACCUCAAAGAAGUCUUUAGUUUACUGAUGUGAGUACCCAGUAGUAAACACAUUUUUCUUCUUCACCUUUCAGUAUGGAUUUGAUGUGGACCUUACAAUAGCAGACUUGAUUUGCUGUGACCUAUUUUGUCUUUGUUGAAAAAGUGAAAAUGCAAAUUAUGUAAAACAAACAAACAAAAGAAACUGCUCCCUCCUGGCUCAUUUUUGUCGCUUAACCUCUGCUGUCAUGUAUGGUCAUGUGUGAAAUGCCUUAAAAAGCUGUGUUUGCUUUUUGUUCAUAUUGAUGUCACUUUGCUUGUGUGUCUGAUACAGUGAGGUGUACAUAUCUGUAAAUCACCAUCUAUGAAAUUAUAUGCCCUUACCCUCAACUUAACCUUUUAUUACUGGAGCAUUAUUUUGUAUUAUUCUUUUUAUUUUAUGACGGUAUGACAGAAAGCAAAUUCACCAGAAACGUAUAGACUAUGUUGUGAUAACCCAUGGUUUAAAGAGAGUAAAUAAUCUCCUGUCUGAAAUGUGUAAAGAUCAUAUUUCUAAAAAAAUAGUUUUACUUUUGGUGAAUGUCCUUCUGGGGUUACUGCUACACUAAAUGCAGAAUGUGUUAUUGAAUGAAAUGCAUCUACUAGGCCUUGUCGUAAGUUAAUGGUUUAAAAAAGGAACUUUUAAACUGUUCUGCCGCAUAGCCUGAAUCCAAUUGUAAAUGUAAUUUUCCAGAUCGACAGUUUAGCUCCAUGUCUGUGCCUGUCAAACAUUUGAAAUGGGGUAUGUCCAUGCGUGUUGAUCCAACUUAACUGUCAUGUCAGAAAUUAUAUUUUUAAUGUCGUGCAUGAACUGUAACAUGGAACUAAAUGCGUUGAGCUGGGUUUUGAUUUCCAAAAGUUGUUUGCUCAGUGAGUUAAAGUGCAGUUGUCUGCUUGCCCUCUCAAGUUUUUCACCAGCAGCAACCCCUCGAGGUGAGCCAGUGUUACAUACUCAGUCGAGGCUGUGGAUAUUUUCCUGUACACAUGGUUUCUGUGUUAAAUAAAAAUGUGUUGUGCUGUAAA